AUGCCACUCUCAUUUAAUUGGCCAUUUCCAGAAAAACCUACUAGAUAUUAUAAAGCAUUAUCGACAGUGACGAUUGGACUUGUUGGAACAUUGAGUAGACUUUGGAUGAAAUAUAUUACUUCAGUUCGAAUUGAGAAUGUUGAUAUUCUUCACAAUGCUGUCUUUCAUCGAGAUCCGAAACGAUCAUUGAUUACCACGGCUAAUCAUCAUUCUUGUUUGGAUGAUCCAUUGUUGAUCGGAGCUACUAUGCCAUAUCGUGUUUUUUGGAAUCGUCAACGAAUGCGUUGGUCAUUAGGUGCCGAUGAUAUUGUAUUUACAGUAAGAAGACAUCAACGUUUCUUCAGUUUGGGUAAAACAAUACCAAUAAAGCGUGGUGAUGGUGUUUAUCAACGACCGAUGGAUUUUGCAUUAGAGCAAAUCAAUCAAGGUGAUUGGAUGCAUGUUUUUCCUGAGGGAAAAGUAAAUUUAACAAAAGAAAUCAUGAGACUUAAAUGGGGUGUUGGUCGUCUUAUUGCUGAAGCUAAGAUUUGUCCAUUAGUCGUUCCAUUCUAUCAUCUUGGAAUGGAUUCUGUAUUACCUAAUGUAGAACCUUAUGUUCCUAAAAUAGGUCAAAAAGUAAGUAUUUAUGUUGGUGAACCACUUAUCUUAGAUAAUCUUGUAGAAAAAAUGAAAAAAGAAAAUCGAUCAUUGGAAAAUAUACGUAAAGCAGUAACUGAUAUAAUUCAAAACGAAUUUGCAAAAUUAAAACCAAAAUGUGAAGAAUUACAUCGACAACAUUUAGAAAAUAGUUCUUCUUCAACGUCCUCAAAGACUUAA